UGGUGCAAGUUUCAUACCUCAAAAUCAAAUUAACGUUCAAGUACUAUCACGCUUUCCACACAAAACUUGUUAUUAUAUUAACAUUUUUAUUAAUCGCUGUAACACAAUUGUACUUGAUUAAAAAAAUCCGAGUCAUAUGAGAGCACAGCUUGUAUCGAGCUGUGGAAUGAAAUUUCUCGACUAUGUGAAGCCAUCGCAUAUGAGAGAACCAGGGAAAUUAGGAUUUAUUGUUGCAGUAAGGCACAGGACUAUUUCAGCUGUUGCCAGAUUUUGCUACCUGUGAAACUCAAGGAGUGAUUCUCACAAUAAUUGUAUCAUUGCAGAAUAGGUGUAUUUCACCAGUUCUAGCGAACUAUCUUCUAUGAACUAUCUUCUAUCCUAGUAUCACAGAAGCUACAGUACUGUUUGGUGUAUUGGUCGUGCUAAUAUUCUGUAACAAAACUUUGCAUUAGAGAUUACAGAAAAUUUUCAGUGUGUUGCUUUGGAUGAGAGAUUAUUUUGUCUUGUACCACUUUGAUUACACUGACUGGUAUAGGAUAUUAACUCUUUACGAUAUUUAUUUUUAUUUGUAACAUUUUUCAUGGAGUAAAACAACAGGAGCAAUCAAUAAAGAAACGGGAAAAUUAUCAGCCAACGAAAAGAACAACCACAAUGAACAGAUUAUAUCCCCAUGGUGCCAUGGCAAAAAAUGUCUACUUACUACGUGUACAACACCUCUAAAGUGAAUAAGGUCGUUUCCCGAGAACUUGAGCAAAACCUACAUGACUACUAUCAAGUGGCUGAACCACGGACCGAAAUCACUGUGUCACAUGACCAGAAACACGAUGUGAUGCCCCCGGAAUCAAAUGAACACUCUGAAGCAUAUUAUUUAUACUUCAUUGCCAUAACUGGCAUGCUCCUGAAUAUUUUCGUAGUUGGAGCAAUAUUUGUCCGAAAACCACUACGAAAAAUGACGAGCGGAUUCAUGAUACACGCAUGUUUUUUGGAUUUUACCAAAUCUGCUUAUUGCAUUCCUAUAGCUACCAAUCUCCUUAGUCAGUCCCGACCCACUGACUGUAAUUUCUUCGGAGCUACCUUUGUGAUAUUAAUAACCAUUUCAGUGUUCAACAUGGUCGCCAUGGUGUGUACCGAAGCGUAUACAUUUGGUGAGAAAAAUAUUGGCGGCAAUUCCAAAGGAACCGUUAUUUGUGUUACAUUCGGAGUAGUGUUAGUUUAUAUAGGUAGUAUCAUUCUACAUCUGGGUCCAACACUUAUAGGCGGCCAUUUUGAAUUUCAACCGGAAAUUGGAAGUUGUUCAUUCACCUUUGGUAAGCAGACGGGAUAUGUAGCAAAUGUGAUGUGGGCUGUUAUAACAACAGUUGCCAUGAUAGCGGUCUUCCAUUUCAUUCAUAGACUGUACAAGGAAAUUCAAAUUAACCGACCAAACCGAGUUUCCUUUCUUGUACGCACUUCAAUCACUGUGUUGGACACAGCAACAAGCUCAGCAUGUCGCCUUCGUAAAAUCAUUCGGGAUGCUACACAUCGUGCCAAAAUAUUCAUUCUCAACACCGCCGUAUUUAUCCUAUGCUGGUACCCCUUCUUCCUACUCAUUAUCAUAGACAAAAAUUUUAAAGUGCCACCAAAAGUCUAUCAAGCAUUUGCUUUCAUCGCUUGGUCACAUGGCGCCAUUCAACCAAUCCUAUACAUUCUCUUUGACCGCAAUUUGAACAUUUUAUCCAAAUAUGUAUAUUGUGAUAAGCAUGACUUCGACAACAUAAUCCAGAACAUGAUGCAUCGCCAACGAAACGUAGAUCAUUCAAAUGCCAGGCAUAGAACAAGUGCAACAGAUUCCGAUACAUUAGCCCCUAGUCCUUCGAGAAAUAAUUCCGAUAACAGACGCACAAACCUUGUGGAUAUCAUCCGAGAGCAUCAAGAAAUGUGUGUAGUACAAAAUUCAUCCAACCAAAAUGUGCAUAAUCGUGUUACCAAUUCAAAUGUUAGUGUAGAAAUAUUGGAUUUAACCAAUCAGAUUAAUCCUUGUUCAAAUAUACCACCCGAUGAUUCACCAUAUCCAGCACCGAUCGAUUAUCAUGAAGACUUUAAUAAUACUGUUGAAAACCCGACAUAUAUCAACCGGGUGGAGAGCGAUGGGUUUUCACCGCGGACAAAUGAGGAAUAUAUGUUCGAUCAACAACAUGUGAUAUUUGCCAACGAGGACUACAUUGAAAAUACUGAUGGAAAUUUAAAUGAAGUCCAAUUUUGAUAAAAUAAAUGAUUGAUGGGUAAGAUUUGUAUGUAAUCAUUUAAAUAUACAUGUAUCAAAUAUCAUCAUUAGCCAAUAGGCAAACAGAUUUUUUUUUUCCAAUUUCACUGCCAAUAAUUUUAGUAAACAGGUAGAUAAAAUAAGAUUUCUCCUUUUAAACAUUGUGGGGUCACUGUCACAAAAAUGUCACAGUUUAAACAGCUGUUAUGUCACAUUUUUAGUGAUCGAAGAAACCUACGUUUUGCAAAAUGAUUAACCUGUACAGUGCUGAAUUUUAAUAAUAAACUUUAAUUUUGAACAGUCCAUUUGUAGUCGAAGGCUCUAUAUUGGUGCCAAAGGCUUUAAAUUUGGAAAAGUCCAUUGCUAAAUUAAGAUUUCAGCAUUGUAAUUGGUUAAUUAAUGCGAGGAAUCGGUCCUUUCCUCUUACUGUACGCGUGUACUUAUUUUGCACCAAACAAAUUAAAGGAGAAUUUAGUCACAAUGGCAUAAAACAGUAGACUUGACUAAUUAAGUGUUAAAGCAUUGAACUUUAGAAAAGAACACCAAAAUAUUAUCAUACCAUAUUUUUUAAGAUUUCAUCUUUCCCCGAUAAUUGCGAAAAUCGAAAAAAUCAUUCUGGCUAUAAAAAAAUAAACUUUUAUCAGCAUUUUUAACCCUUAACCUGCUGAAUUUUUUAACUGGACCUGUCAAGUAACCUUUUUUUUUUUUGGAACUGUCCAAUAUCAAUGUUUGCCAAUUUUUUUGGGGGGGAUAUCAACCAACAGUGUUGAGCCUAAUGUCAGGUUACAGAGGUUUUGUCUGGGCUGGCUCUAUACUGGUGGCUAGAGCUGUCAUCCAUAGAAACAGUAUCGAUGUAUCAUUGAUAUUUUUCUGUUGAUCAAUAAUUGAUACACAAUUCAAAAGAUCAAUAAUUUUGACUAAUUAAUUAAAUUUCUAGAAAUUGAAUGAAAAUUUCACCCAAAACAUAUACAGAAGCAGGUGUCCAUAUCUAACAUUAUGUUGUUGUUACACAGGGGAAAUAAUUUUCACAGCAAUCAUGACAAAAACAGAAUUGUCUUGAAAAAAGUCUUGCAAUGGGCUUUUAUUAACAAGACACUGAAAAGAACAAUGUUUUUUUUAACUCAGAAAUCAUUUAAACAGCAAUGAAAGUGAAUAUUUUAGGUAAUUAUUGAGAUAUCAGUGUAUCGUUGAUAUUUGUCAUCUGAUAUUGAUAUAUAUUGAUGAUAUGCAAAUUGCACUGAAUCAAUGACAGCUCUACUGGUGGCAUUAAUAUUUCAAUAAUUAUCAUUAUUUUAGCAGGUUCAGGAUUAAUUAAAGGCCCCACAUUAUAAAAUCUGCUCAUUAUUAUAUCAUUUUUUAUUUGUCUUGUCUGUUUUGACAAUAAACAUAUAAAAAAAUAUCAAAGGUAUUUUUCAUUUUCAUUGAAAUAAUUAUUAAGUGCUAUGAAAACUAUAUUACAAUAAUAUACUUUUUUGUGUGUCUCAGAUCCUUUUGAAAUUCAUUUAUCAUAACUAUUCAUUUUUUAUAUGAUUUUAAAUUGAUUGUAUUAUAAAUGCAAUAUAAUUACCUCCCUUUAACAAAUAUUAUUUGGCUUAAAAAUGCAAAACAAUAUUGCAGAUGUCCAAUUAAACUGACCUUGAACAGAUAAAUGAUCCAACUAAAAUUAAUGGUUCAUAUUGAACUAAUAUUAACAAAGAUUCAAAAUAAACCAAAGAUAAAUUACGGUAAUAUAAAAAUUUUCCUCAUCUUAUCUCUUAUAAUAUUCACCAAUGUUUCUGACUUACCUUUAGAUACACCAAUGUUUCUGACUUAACUAUAGAUUAAUCACAUCAAUGCUCCUCUUUUAGCAAUAGAAAACACAAUCUUUCUCACUUUUAAAUAAAGGAACACUUAAGUAAUUCCUUGCCAGAGUAUAAAUGUCCAUUAAUUAAUCACAUGAAUUAUCAUUGACAAACAAUGUUAUUAUUGAUAUAAACUUAUGAGCAUUGACAAAACAUGACUUUUAUAACAGUGCAAUAAAUUCAUGAACAUUGACAAAACAUGACUUUUAUAACAGUGGACUAAAUUCAUAAACA